AUUAGUAUACUACUGAUUGCAAUGUUAUCCAUUAUUCGUCAGUUGUCUUGACGUACAACUAAAAAACACGAAAUACUUCUUUUUAAUCUUCUCCGCGUAACCAAAUUUAUACUGUGAUCAGCGAAUAAUUUUCUCGCCGAUUAAAUCAUCGUUUUGUUAAGACCAGAAAAAUGUCAGAAGGUGAAGAUACAACAGUGAAAAAAAUUACUGUCACAGUAAAAACGCCCAAGGAAAAACAAACAGUCGAAAUACACGAGAACGCUUCUAUUAGUGAAUUUAAAGAAGAAGUUGCUAAACAGUUUAAUGCCCAACCAGCACAAUUAUGUUUAAUAUUUGCUGGCAAAAUUAUGAAAGAUCAAGAUACACUUGCUUCUCAUAAUAUAAAAGAUGGAUUGACAGUACAUUUGGUUAUAAAAAGUAAUGCAUCUCAAAAUAAUGCAUCAACCAAUACAUCUACAAAUACAAACUCGAGCCAAACUCCACAAAGACCUCCUGCUGAUAUAAAUGCUUCACCAUUCAACUUGGGUAUGUUAGGCGGUCUACCUGGAAUGGAAUCCAUGGGAUUUAGUUCUGCUAAUUUCAUGGAAUUACAGCAACGUAUGCAGCGUGAACUUCUUGAUAAUCCAGAAAUGCUUAGAAAUUUAGUUGAUAGCCCUAUGGUACAGCAAAUGAUGAGUGAUCCAGCACAUAUGAGACAGUUAAUUAUGGCAAAUCCUCAAAUGCAACAGCUAGUAGAGAGACACCCUGAAAUAAACCAUAUGUUGAAUAAUCCUGAAGUGUUGCGUCAAACAAUGGAAAUGGCCAGAAACCCAUCUAUGUUACAAGAAUUAAUGCGCACUCAAGAUAGAGCAUUAUCAAAUUUAGAAUCUAUCCCUGGAGGCUAUAGUGCACUUCAACGGAUGUACAGAGAUGUUCAAGAACCAUUUAUGAAUGCUGCUACAGAAGAAUUUAGCCGGAAUACAUUUGCUGCCUCUAAUGAUAGUGGAGGGGAGCAAAAUCCUCAGCAAGGUCAAGAAAACCGAGAUCCUUUACCUAACCCCUGGAGUGGAUCAACAGGUACUAAUACUUCAGAUUCAUCAACAAAUACCCGAUCAUCACCUGCAAGUGGUGGUAUUCCUAAUCCAGGAGUUGGGGCUGGUUUAUUUGGAAAUGAAGCUAUGAAUUCUAUGAUGCAACAAAUGAUUGAAAAUCCUCAAAUUAUGCAAAAUAUAAUGAACACUCCUUAUUUUCAAUCUACAUUACAGGCAAUGACUAGUAAUCCAAGCAUGGCAAGUAAUUUGCUUGGUAAUAAUCCAUUACUUGCAAACAACCCGGAACUUCAGUCUCAAUUUCGUAGUAUGAUGCCUGCAUUUUUACAACAAAUGUCAAAUCCUGCUGUUCAAGAGAUGACAACUAAUCCAAAUGUUUUAUCAGCACUUGAUCAAAUUCAGAGGGGACUUGAGGCAUUACGGACUAAUAUGCCUAAUGCUGGUGGAGCUCUGGGAGGACAAUCUUUUUUUCCAUCUUCUACUACAAAUUCUACUCCUAAUACUGAUUCAACUGUACCCAAUAAUGCACCAUCUAAUGAAACAAAUUUUGCUGAUCUUAUGCGAAGAAUGAUGUCUCAAAUUCCAGAUGUCAGCAAUCCAGUAGCUAAUGCUCAAUCUCCAGAAGAAAGAUACAGUUCACAGUUAGAGCAACUUUCUGCAAUGGGCUUUGUUAACCGGGAAGCAAACUUGCAAGCACUAAUUGCAACAUUUGGUGACAUUAAUGCAGCUGUUGAAAGACUGCUUAGUAGUGGACAGUUGUCUACCUAACAUUCCUUCCUUCCACCUGAAAAAAUAAAAUAAAAUAAUACACAUUUAAAAUUUUAUAAAUCCAAAAAAUAACAAAGUACAUUAAUAUUCCACUUUCUUUAGUUAAAUACUAUGCAUUUCUUUUUUUCUAUAUGGUUUUAAAAUACUAGAACUUGUAGAACACUUUUCAUUCAUUGUAAUUACUUGUUAUUUACUAAAUAAAUAUAUUUAUUUAGCCUCCUAAAUAAUCCUAUAUAUUUUGACUAUAUUGAAAUAAUUCUCCAUUUUGUUGUAUGUGGUAUACCUAAGGUAUAUUAAAUGUAAUUGUUUUGUUUU